GGCUCCCGCUUUCCGUACGCACAAGCUAUUGACCUCCGACUUUCAAUACCUAAACCCGAACCGCAUACGUAUCGUCCUUUCGUGAUUUGUUACUUGAUUCAAAGUAUCUUCAAAUACACGACGAACAUUAGAAGAUAACGCCAACGCAUUUUAAUUAUUCGUCAUAAUUCACAUUCUAGAAAACACCCAUCGGCGUUCAUUCAAUUAUUCUGUGGACAAGCUCAUCGUAACCCCCCUCCCCCGCCUUGCCCGCCUUCUCGUCCCUCUCGAUUUACACCCAUCGUAUCGUGCGUCGCAACACCUACCUAGUAGCGACCGAAUGCGACUUGGAUCACUUGGAUCACUUGACAUCCGUCGCCAUUGAUAUCGCUCAAGCAUUAGCUUUGUUCGGCGUGUUGCUGUGGACGCAACUGACUCACCAUGUGGAACGACGAGGAAGACAAUAAUCCAUACGGCACGAGUUUUGACCGUCGCGAUUCUGUAACCUCAUCGUCUGCGAACCCUACUUCCCCAGUAUCCCACGACUACCAAGCCAAUCGAUUCGAGACCCCAAAUACUCCGUCCACCACUAGUGAAGAUGCGCCACCCAUCACAAACUACGGUCGGCAACUGGCCGAUCCAGAAAGUGAUGAGGAAUAUGGAGCUCAAUCUCGGAAUCAGGCGACCCCACGAAGAAAAGCCGGUGGUUAUGACAGCCGAAUCGAACAGAUUCUUUACGAAAGUCCUGAACUCCCUAUAAUUAUUACUGACGCCGGAAAGAGCAUGGAGAGUGGUGGUAAAUACAUUGUCUAUACCAUCAGGACAGGAGACCUUGAAGUCCGGCGUCGAUAUUCCGAGUUUGCGUCGUUACGCGAUGCGCUGACUAGACUUCACCCAACUCUCAUUAUCCCCCCCAUUCCCGAGAAGCAUACGAUGGCGGAUUACGCCGCCAACCCGACCAACGCGAAACAAGAUCAACAGAUUAUUGAUUUGCGAAAACGCAUGUUAGCUGUCUUCCUAAAUCGCUGCCGGCGGAUGGAACAAGUUCGAGAUGAUGGAGUUCUAUGGAGAUUUCUCGAUCCUAACGUUAGCUGGAAUGAGGUCCUUCAUUCGCAUCCCAUCUCAUCUGUCCCCAAGUCUAUUAUGAAAGCGCCCCCGCUAGAUACUGCUAACCCUUCACCGGCACAUUCAUAUCUCCCGGUGCCUGCUACUUCUGCCAAACUGAAGACACCCGUGAACCCAACACCGGGCCCCGUUUUCGAUAAUUCUGGCACAGUCGCUUCUCAAAUACUCCGUCGAUUCCCCCCUGAAGCACAUGAUCUGAAUGAGCAGGAACUGGAUCCCUAUUUCAUCACUUUUGAAGCCUCGAUCAAGGAACUAGAGCAAGCUUUAAUGGGACCUAUGGAGAAGGUUAAUAGACGCACACUCAACCACCUAAGUGCUUUAUCAGCCGACCUCUCGGACCUAGGCGCCAAGUUCAAUGCUUUUGCAUUAUCUGAGCCAUCGCCUUCCCUCGCCGCUGCGAUCGAGCGAGUAGGCCAGGCAGCGGACUCAUCAUACAUUGCAACGGAAGAGUUAUCAAGCUCGCUAGGGGCUAGUUUUGCAGAACCUAUGAGAGAGAGUGCACAGUUUGCCGGUGUGGUUCGCAGCGUGCUGCGAUACAGGAUUUUGAAAAGGGUCCAGCAAGAGAUGGCAAACGACGAGCUUCUGAAGAAGAAGGCGCUUUUAGAACAGUUGGAGACCAGCGAAGCCGAGGCUAAGCGAAUUGAUCAAUAUCUCAGCAGUAGCCAGCAGAUCGGAACAGGACAUCAAGUUCACCCACCCCGAAGAUCAUCCAGCAUGAAAGAAACCUAUUCACAGCACCAUAGAGAGGGCAGUGGAGAGGAUACCGCUUCUGUAGAUUCGGAUUUUCCGUCCAACCAUGGAGACGUCUCUUCGGCACCUUCGGCACGAGUGGGGGUUCCUGAGCGUUCAGCUUCUAACCCGAGCCAUAAGAAGGCUCCUAGUAGCAAUUCCAUCACCGGUAGGAUAUUCGGACCAAUCCGCCACGCAAUUCAAGGUGUGGCCGACGUUGACCCGGAAAGAACCCGACGCGACGCCAUUGGCAAAAUACGGGAGAGCAUCGAGCAACUUGAACAGGCUCAAGUAGCAGCGGCACAAGAUGUGAGGGACGCAAGCGCAAGCAUUUUGCAAGAUCUGAAAAGAUUUCAGAACGAGAAAGAAGAUGACCUCAGGCGUUACAUGCUUGCUUAUGCCAAGAGCCAAAUCGAGUGGGCGAAGAAGAACAAAGAGACAUGGGAAGAGGCAAAAGCAGAGGUCGAUAAGAUCGAUGAGACGUAGAGCGCUCGCAAAUGGCAAGGUCCAGGAUUGAUGGGACGACUUGAUCGCCGCCGCCGCCGCCGCCCUAUUGCGGCAGAGGGUUGUACAGAUGAUGAUUACGUUAUUUUAGAACACUCGGAAUGAUUUCCCCCUUUCGGAAUGGAUAGUUAAUGAGACGAACAUGCCCGAAAAUUUUAUGAGAAUCAGGUCGAAUUUGGGGAAACUCACGGAAUAAGGAGUCUGCGUAAUGAGGUGAGACUUUGUAUUAUGGACCACUUGGUGCAUUAGGACUACGAACUAGCAACAAUACAACA